CUGUGGAUCUCGUCCGCAAAGAGGAAACUACAAGAAACAUGGCUUCCAAGAGACUAGGGAAAAUAGUUCUUAAAAAUUCUGCUUUAUUUUUAUGUGACAUGCAGGAUGGAUUUCGCAAAACAAUCCAGUACUAUCCCCAGAUCAUAGCAGUAUCCGGUCGCAUGCUAAAUGCAGCCAAUAUUUUGGAUAUGCCUGUGGUCGUGACAGAGCAGUAUCCAAAAGGUCUUGGUCACACAGUAAGUGAACUGGAUGUCAGUCAGGUCAAGGUGUUUCCAAAGACUAAGUUCUCCAUGCUUGUGCCAGACGUAGAACAACACAUCAGCAAAAUGAAAGAUUUGAAGUCCAUUGUUCUCUGUGGAAUAGAAACUCAAGCUUGCAUUCAGCAGACUGUCCUUGACCUUUUGGACAGAGGGUUUGAUGUUCAUGUUAUAGUUGACGCCUGCUCCUCGAGAAGUUUAGUUGACAGGAUGUAUGCCUAUCAACGAAUCAGUAAUGCAGGGGCAUACCUAACAACCAGUGAGAGCAUGCUUCUGUCCCUCACAGGGGACUCGUCUCAUCCGAAAUUCAAACAGAUUCAGAAAAUCUUCUGGGACGUAGCCCCAGACAGUGCUUUGCUCGGGGAAUCUCCGGUUUCUGAUGUCAAGCUGACCUUCAAUAAACCAACAAACUGAUGUGGAAUUGGACAUAGGAAAUACUAUAUGAGUGGCCGUUAGAUACCAUUUAUCUACCAAUGUGUUGUUCCGAAACAUAUAUAAGGAGUGAAAAUUAUUUGCUUUAAUUUUUAAACAUCUACUUGUAAGAAAAAUGGCAUCUAACAGACACAAGUGUCGUAUUCUAUAUCUUACAUAUCCUUAGAAACCAGAGCCCCGUUUCACGAAGUGAUCUUAGCCCUAAGAUUACCUUAAGCGCAUAGCUACCCUAUGCACUUAAGUUGAUCUUAGGGCUAAGAUCGCUUCGUGGAACGAGGCCCAGGUUUAAAAACAAUUUGGAUGUUAUACAGCAUUUGCAGUUUGCACAAUUACUCAAUACUAGUA